UUCAUCAUCAACUCUCUCUCUUUUCUUUCUUUCUUUUAUUUCUCUCCUAUUUUAACUCUAGUUUUGUUAACUCAACCUCAACCUCCAAUUCCAUGGCUGAAGAGAAGCACCACCACCUUUUCCAUCACAAGAAGGACGAAGAGGAUAAGCCUAUUGAAUCUGUCUACACUGAGACUACUACUGGUUAUGCCGAGAGUGGUUUUUCCAGUGGUGGCCCCGGCGGGUACGGUGAGUCGACCAUAGAAGGAUAUGGUGCCACCACCAUCUCCACUGAGUCUGAGGUUGACUACAGGAAGGAAGAGAAGCACCACAAGCAUCUCGAGCAGCUUGGCGAGAUGGGUGCUGUCGCAGCUGGUGCUUAUGCCUUGCACGAGAAGCAUAAGGAAAAGAAAGAUCCAGAGCAUGCCCACAAGCACAAGAUAGAAGAGGAGGUUGCAGCAGCAGCUGCAGUUGGAGCUGGUGGAUUUGCCUUCCAUGAGCAUCAUGAAAAGAAAGAGACAAAGGAAGAAGAGGAAGAGGCUCAUGGAAAGAAGCACCACCACCUCUUUGGUUGAAAACAACACCAUCCAUCCAUCCAUCCAUGACAUACCAUCUAGAUCUCUCUUUCAAUGUGUCUUUAUUAUUUAUUAACUGCGUCUUUUUUCUUCUUCUUUGAGUUGUGUUGUGUUUAUGCCAGUAAGCAACUACCCUAAAUAAUACUUCGUGGGCGAGCGAGAGUGAGUUUGUAAAUGCUUACUUGGUUGGUACAUGUCCUUGUUCAUUGUGUGUCAUCCCGUUUCUUUGUGUGCAAUGUUAAUAAUAAUAUUUUCCUAUCAUAUCAA